GAGGAAGGCUACACACACACACACACACACACGCUCACACUAGGUGGAAGUGGAAAGAGAAAGAGACAGACGCCUGUGAUCUACGGAGCAUUUCAAUAGCUGAAAGAUAUGGCCUCAGCUCAAGCAUCACCCAGCGAGACCCUCUCACUGGAGAAGCAUCUAACAUGCUCCAUCUGCAUGGAUUCAUUUGUGGAUCCUGUCACUACAGCUUGUGGCCACUCCUUUUGUAAGAAAUGUCUGGACCGCAACUUUGCCAUCAAUGACCUAGUGUGCCCCCUAUGCAAGCAGCAUGUAAAGAAAGCCCCAGAGGUGAACAUCGUCCUUAGAAGCAUUGUCGAACAGCUGAAAAAGACCCCAAAGGAAGACGAUGAUAAGUACACUGGGGCGCCCGGCGAAGUGGCCUGUGACAUUUGCACAGAGCGAAAGCUGAAGGCUAACAAGUCCUGCCUUGUGUGUCUUACCUCGUAUUGUUCGACCCACCUGGAGAAUCAUUCUUCAACUACAAGGUUUAAGGGCCACAAGUUGGUGGAACCUGUGGAGAACCUGGAUGAGAGGGCCUGUCUGGAGCAUGGACGCCCAUUGGAGCUGUACAACAGGAAGAGGGAGAGUUGCAUUUGUGUACUCUGUAUGGAAGAAGGUCAGGAGGAGGUCGUUUCUACUGAAGACGAAUGGAACAAGAAGAAGGCCAAGCUUGAAAGCACAAAGACAGAGUUUCAAGAGAAAAUUAAGAAGAGAAAAACACGGGUGGAUGAGAUUAAUACAUCUCUAAAGAGCUGCAAGGACCAACUGGAUAAUGAGUGGUGGGAUAUUGAGGCGGUGUUCACAGCGGUGAUUGCCAUUGCGGAGGAAGCCCAAGCGACAGCUCUAAAGCCACUAAAAGACAGGAGGGAGGUUUUGGAGAAAGAGGCAAAAUACAUCAAAGAGGAGUUGGAAGCUGAAAUCGACAGGCUUGAGAAAACCAUCUCUGAGCUGGACGAUAUAUCUGCGCUUGAGGAUCACAUCCUGUUCCUCCAGAGUUACCCAUCUCUUCGAGACAUGGACAACCUCAAAGACUCAACAGAGGUAGAGCUCGACACAUCACUAUCUUUCGGCACUAUGAGAAAAACCACAACAACCAUGUUGGAACAAAUUCAUCAGAAACUGGAGAAGCUGACCUCCAUUGAACUUCAGAGAGUUCCAAAGUUCACAGUGGAUGUAAAGCUGGAUCAAACCACCGCGCACAGAUGCCUUGUUAUUUCUGAUGAUGGGAAGGAAGUGAAAGAUGAAGGGGAGGACCAGGAAGUAGAUGAUGCUCCGGAGAGGUUUGACAUGUUCGGCAGCAUCCUGGGCAUCAACAGGUUGACCUCUGGGAAGUCUUACUGGGAGGUGGAGGUCAGCAACAAGUCGGGGUGGGAUCUGGGUGUGGCGAGCUGCGACGCAAACCGCAAGGGGAAACUCUCUCUGAACCCAGAUAACGGUUACUGGGUGACUGUGCAUUAUGAAGGUGAAAAGUAUGCAGCCCUGACAGCACCACUAGUUGCUCUUCCUCUGAAAGAGAAACCUCAGAAGGUUGGGGUGUUCGUGGACUACGAUGAAGGUCUCGUGUCCUUCUAUGAUGUGACGGCUCAAUCUCACAUCUACUCAUUUACUGAGUGUUCGUUCAGUGGCAAGCUCUUCCCAUAUUUCAGUCCACAUGUAAAACAAGAUGAGACAAACUCUGAUCCUUUGAUUAUUUCUGCUGUGAAACAUUGUGAGCAGGACAAGGAUAUGUCAUAAAAAGUGUGUGGGUUUAGCAGACAAAACAAUGGGCUUUAUGCAAGGACCACUUGUACAAACAGAUUCGUUCUUAAUUGAUUUAUGAGAAAUUGCCGCAUUCACCAAUUUUCUCAUAUUUUGAAUUUUCUCUUAAGCACGAACACAAUUUACAAGUGGUCCAGACCAGUCCUAACAGUCGAGUGUAGUUAGUCUGCUGUUAUCCAAACCGAAGUUUUUCACUAUUGGAUUGUAUGUUUCAUUACUUUGAAGCAAUUUUGUCUUUCAAAAUCCCAUAUAAAUUACACUUCAUAAUUAUGCUGACAUUAUCCUGUUUGACUUUGCAAUUCGAAUUAUAAUGCAAUUCUAAAUGUAUUCAUUUAGCCUAAUGAUAUAAUUAAUUUAAAUUGGCCAUUGAUACUAUUGUAUAACACUACAAUAUCAAUAUGAAAAUCUCAAACUGCAAAACAACUUAAAUUAUUACUCUGUUUAUAAUAAGGUCAACAUCAUGGCUGACUUAUAUGAUAUCAUUGGGGCGUUAAUUAUGCUAAUUUACAAUUCUCAUGAAUGCGUGGUCAUUUACGCACAGGUGACAUUCAUCAUGUCAUUUACACAGCUAUCUGACGUUAGGAGCGUUUCCUGAAUCUGACGUGGCACACUCGUACGAGCCCACAUUAUGAAAUAAAGUAUGAAAAAGUUAAGACAAGAAUACGAAAAUGCUCUUGCAUGAGGCCCAAUGUGUUUCGAAGAAUGCGGAGGGGGAAUUUGAGGUGAAUCCUGCCCUUUGAGGCUUAAUGGAUUUGACAGAGAUAAUCAAUAGUGAGUUGUGGAGAAUUUAUAGAUUUGAUUGUUAUUUUUUGGAAAGGUCUGGGUGGAACUAUAAAUGAUGCAGCAUAAUGUGCUGAUAUAUGAAAACAACAAGCCUUUGGGGGAAAACAAUGCUACAAGUAACAACAGCACAUGUAAGGACGCUACUAGUUUAACUACAUUCCCCAGUAGAAUUGGGGCAGCGUAGCUACACCCAAGCCAAAGGCGUCAGUGUAAUAAAAUACAAAUAAUAAUGACUUUGUUUAUUAUAUUACUCGCUACUUUCUACCAAAGUGUAGUAAUGCUGUAGCUCACUUUCAUCUAAUGAGAUUGGCUUCACCAGCUACCUUAACAAAGCAAGUAAAUCAAAGCAGUGGUGAUAUUUCCUCCAUAGAGUGCAUUAUUUACUAUAUCAGGACACCUGAGAGUGCAUUAUCACUCUUAUAUCAUUGCCACUUCAACAGGAUGAAAGAGAAGCUGUGUCAGUUCAUGUUUUGGUCCAUUUAAUUAGUGAGAGGUGAGCUAACCAGUAUCGUAGCACAAAGAAAUGUUGUUACAAUAUACCUUGUGUACUGAUUUAGACUUGAGGUUAAAAUGUGGACCAAUAUUAUGCCAACAACUGUUAUAAACGUCUAUAAUGUAUGCAAUGUGUAAAGUUAUAAAUGUGUAGUUAUUCUUUCUUCCAGAGGUUGUAGGGGUUAUACCUGUGAGGGUAACUGGACAAUAUUUCUCAUUGUUUUGUGUUGUUAAUUGAUUUCCAAUAACAAAUAUAUACAUUUGCAUAAAACAAGCAUGUUUGCCCACUCCCAUGUUGAUAAGAGUAUCAUUGUUACAUAAUACAUGACCAAAUAGAACUUCUUAGAAUGUGAUACAAGACUUAUUAGACAAAAAAAAAGUGUAAUUGACCUAUAGGCCUGUAGGGUUUCAUCAAUGUUGGUAUUAUGAAGGUGAUGGGGGGGCGUGGCGGGGGGAUCAACUUAUUCUAUGUGCAUGAAAUGUUAAGUGUGUCUGUGUAUCUGUGCAGUCUACAUACAAUUAAGCCUGCUUAUUUACACAAUGUGCUGUAAUUACUUUUUUAUUUUUUUAUCUCAAAAUUUUAAUAAAAAAUCAAAACUUUCAAA